AUGUUGAAAAAGAUUUCUCCAUCAAUUCCAAGGAUCCGUUCUAUCCUUCAGUGCUUGGGAACUUUCCCAUUUUCUUCCAAAGCUGAUGACAAAGAUGCCCAAGCUUUGGCAGAAGCUAAGGAUGCUGAGAAUAAGGCGCUAAGGGAGAAGAAGGAGGACGAUGAUGCACUUAUUGAAGCCGUUAAGAAAGAACAUCGAUUAAAAGAAAAGGAGAGAAAGAGGCUGAAAGAGGAAGAGAAGAAGGAUGAUGAGGACGAGAAUAAGGAGGAAGAAGAGAAGAAGGAUGAUGAGGACGAGAACAAGGAGGAAGAAGACAAGGAUGAUGAGGACGAGAACAAGGAGGACAAGGAAUAA